UGGAAGCCUAAUCUUUUACAAUGGGAAAGAUAAUAUUCUAUGAGGACAGGAACUUCCAGGGUCGCUGCUAUGAGUGCAGCUCUGACUGCCCUGACCUGCACUCCUACUUCAGCCGCUGUAACUCAGUCCGUGUGGAGAGCGGCUGCUGGGUCCUGUACGAGCGCCCCAAUUACACGGGCUACCAGUACGUGCUGACCAGGGGAGAGUACCCCGACUACCAGCGCUGGAUGGGAUUCAAUGAGAGCAUCACGUCCUGUCGAAUGAUCAGAAAUACCAGUGGCUCAUAUAGACUGAAGAUCUAUGAUAGGCCCAACUUGGAAGGCCAGAUGAUGGAAUUCUCUGAUGACAUGCCCUCAAUGCAGGAGCAUUUCCAGGGCAAAGAGGUCCACUCCUGCAACGUGUUGGAGGGCGCCUGGGUCUUCUUCGAGCAUCCCAACUACAGGGGUCAACAGUACCUGCUGGAGAAGGGGGAGUACCGUUGCUACACCGACUGGGGUGCCCUGCACCCCAUCAUCGGCUCCUUCAGACGCAUCACCGAGUUUUAAAAUUAUAAAAUAAACAUCCCUUUCUAAUAAAGGCAAAUACAUUAAUCAAA